GCCAGCGGAAGCGCCCGCGGAGCACAAUGCAGCACUGAGGCAGCGCCGCGGCGGAGGCUGCAGCGCCAGGGCCGCUGCAGCACCGGCCGGGGCUCGGUGGGGCGGCCGAGGCGAGCGCGGGGCGCGGGGCGAGGGAGCCGGAGCCGGCUGCCGGCGCCCGAGGAGGUGAGCGUCUCCAGCGAGGCGCUUGACCGGAGCACCAUGCGGGCGGCGGCGGCGGCUGCGUCCGUGCCCUUCUUGCUGCUCUGCGCCCUGGGGAGCUGCCCCCCGGCGCGCUGCGGCCGGGCAGGAGACGCCUCGUUGACGGAGCUGGAGAGGAGGAACGAAAACCGCUUCCUGGAGCGCCAGAGCAUCGUGCCACUCCGGCUCCUCCACCGCUCGGGCGGCGAAGACGAAACUGGGCACGACGCGCUCGACACACGGGUGCGGAGCGACCCCGGCGGCGGGCAGUUGACUCAUGUUGACCAGGCAAGCUUCCAGGUUGAUGCCUUUGGAACGUCAUUUAUUCUUGAUGUCGUGCUAAAUCAUGAUUUGCUGUCCUCUGGAUACAUAGAGAGACACAUCGAACAUGGAGGGAAGACUGUGGAAGUUAAAGGAGGAGAACACUGUUUCUACCAGGGCCAUAUCCGAGGAAACCCUGCCUCGUUUGUUGCAUUGUCAACAUGCCACGGACUUCAUGGGAUGUUCUAUGAUGGGAACCACACUUAUCUCAUUGAGCCAGGAGACAAUGACACCUCCCAAGAGGAUUUCCAUUUUCAUUCUGUUUACAAAUCCAGACUGUUUGAAUUUCCCUUGGAUGAUCUUCCAUCUGAAUUCCAACAAGUAAACAUCACUCCACCAAAAUUUAUUUUGAAGCCAAGACCAAAAAGGAUUAAACGACAGCUUCGCCGACAUCCUCGUAACGUAGAGGAGGAAACCAAAUACAUUGAACUGAUGAUUGUGAACGAUCAUCUCAUGUUUAAAAAACAUCGGCUUUCAGUUGUGCACACCAAUACAUAUGCAAAAUCUGUGGUGAACAUGGCGGAUGUAAUAUAUCAAGACCAACUUAAGACAAGGAUAGUAUUGGUUGCCAUGGAAACCUGGGCGGCUGACAACAAGUUUGCCAUAUCUGAAAACCCACUGAUCACUCUACGGGAGUUUAUGAAAUACAGGAGGGAUUUCAUCAAAGAGAAAAGUGAUGCAGUUCACCUUUUUUCGGGAAGUCAAUUUGAGAGUAGCCGGAGCGGGGCAGCUUAUAUUGGUGGGAUUUGCUCGUUGCUGAAAGGAGGAGGCGUGAAUGAAUUUGGGAAAACUGAUUUAAUGGCUGUUACACUUGCGCAGUCAUUAGCCCAUAAUAUUGGUAUUAUCUCAGACAAAACAAAGUUAGCAAGUGGCGAGUGUAAAUGUGAGGACACAUGGUCUGGAUGCAUAAUGGGAGACACCGGCUAUUAUCUUCCUAAAAAGUUCACCCAGUGUAAUAUUGAAGAGUAUCAUGACUUCCUGAAUAGUGGAGGUGGUGCCUGCCUUUUCAACAAACCUUCUAAGCUUCUCGAUCCUCCUGAGUGUGGCAAUGGCUUCAUUGAAACUGGAGAGGAGUGUGACUGUGGGACCCCAGCAGAAUGCGCCCUGGAAGGAGCAGAGUGUUGUAAGAAAUGCACCUUGACUCAAGACUCUCAAUGCAGUGAUGGUCUUUGUUGUAAAAAGUGCAAGUUUCAGCCUGUGGGGACUGUGUGCCGAGAAGCAGUAAAUGAUUGUGAUAUUCGUGAAACAUGCUCAGGAAAUUCAAGCCAGUGUGCCCCAAAUAUUCAUAAAAUGGAUGGAUAUUCAUGUGAUGGUGUUCAGGGCAUUUGCUUUGGAGGAAGAUGUAAAACCAGGGAUAGACAAUGCAAAUACAUCUGGGGGCAAAAGGUGAUGGCAUCAGACAAAUACUGCUAUGAGAAACUGAAUAUCGAAGGAACCGAGAAGGGUAAUUGUGGGAAAGACAAAGACACCUGGAUACAGUGCAACAAACGGGAUGUGCUUUGUGGUUACCUUUUGUGUACCAAUAUUGGUAAUAUCCCAAGGCUUGGAGAACUUGAUGGUGAAAUCACAUCGACUUUAGUUGUGCAGCAGGGAAGAACAUUAAACUGCAGUGGUGGGCAUGUUAAGCUUGAAGAAGAUGUAGAUCUUGGCUACGUGGAAGAUGGGACACCUUGUGGUCCCCAAAUGAUGUGCUUAGAACACAGGUGUCUUCCUGUGGCUUCCUUCAACUUUAGUACAUGCUUAAGCGAUAAAGAAGGCACUGUUUGUUCAGGAAAUGGAGUUUGCAGUAAUGAGCUGAAGUGUGUGUGUAACAGACACUGGAUAGGUGCAGACUGCAGCACGUACUUCCCUCACAAUGAUGAUGCAAAGACUGGUAUAACUCUGUCUGGCAACGGUGUUGCUGGUACCAAUAUCAUAAUAGGCAUCAUUGCUGGCACCAUUUUAGUGCUGGCCCUCCUAUUAGGAAUAACUGCAUGGGGUUAUAAGUCAAAUGGACUCUCUCAUUCUUGGAGUGAAAGGAUUCCAGACACAAAACAUAUUUCAGACAUCUGUGAAAAUGGGCGACCUCGAAGUAACUCUUGGCAAGGUAACCUGGGAGGCAACAGAAAGAAAAUCAGAGGCAAAAGAUUUAGACCUCGGUCUAAUUCAACUGAGAGGGAGCCCCAAGCACCUGAGCCUGGGCACUCCCUCGCCCAGACAGUCCCAUCCCAAGGCAUAAGCCCAGGGGGCUCUGACAGCCCCCAGACAGGGAGUCUGGAUCACAGGACCUUAUCUCCUGCCAAGUCUCCUUCUUCAUCAACUGGGUCUAUUGCCUCCAGCAGGAAGUACCCCUACCCAAUGCCCCCACUUCCCGACGAGGAGAAGAGAGUGAACCGACAAAGUGCCAGGAAACCCAGCCUCAUGGAAUCACUGCAAAUCUAUCUGCUCUUCAGACCAUUCGAGGAUCCUCUGAGAUGCCAUAGAGGAGAGGAAGCUGUGUCUCACAUCUGGAUACCAUUUUCUUUUUGUCAUUGGCUUAGGAUUUAACUGAACCAUGAAAAGAACUGCUGAAAUGUUACAAUAUAACAUGGAACCAUAAAGGUACUGGUAUGUUAAUGGAUAAUCUGCAUGACAGAUAUAUGUAGAAAUAUUACUAAAUUAACUCACGUGACCCAAAUGUAGCAAGUUUCCUAAGGGACAACAGUGUAUUCAGAACUUGACAUUCUGAAGCACAUCCUCAUUAUAGACAGUAAUGCUUUGUGCUUGAAGCUUCUCUUUGUUAUUUUCCACAUUUAAGGAAACAACAUCCCAUAAUAGAAACUAGCAUGCAGGGCUAAGGCAUAUAAGAUUUUUCUGCAGGACUUUAAAGCUUUGAGAGGGCAAUAUCCCAUAUGCUAACUUUAAACAUGUAUUUUUAUUUUCAUUUUGUUUUUUACUUUUCAUAUUUAUAUCAGCAUACAAGGACAAUUGUACAUAUGUAAACAUUUUUAAAAUAAAAAAAAGCAGCUGUUACACACAAGUGUAUUUUGCCAAACGCCUAAGAAGAAUCAGUCACAAUCACAUCAUUGUCAUCCAUCAAAUGGUCUUUAAAGAUUAUAAGCAGAUGAUGUUGUAAAUAUAGUGGUCAAUGCUGUAAAUGUGUCUCCCUGUAAUUGGUAUUUGUCCAGAACAUGUGCUAUCCCUUUAAACUGUACAUGGUCUGGAGGCAGUUUUAUUGAGUAAUUAAUUGAGCAGGAGAACAAAAUGCCCAGCAAAACUUCUGGGCUUUACAGCUCACAGGGGGAGGUGUCCAGUAGUGCAGCUGUUGUCCCGCCUGCCUCCAGGCACUCUGCUGCUGAGGGGCUGCUCCCUGGGAAUCCUCCAGCCUGUCCGUUUUCCUUCUUGGGGCUACAGUGCCUGCCUCAGCAGCUGUUACCUUUCAGUACCAGAGCACAUCUGCAAGUCUAAGGCCUGUGAGCCCCACAGCAGUAUGUCCUGCUGAGAUCAAGCAAGUGCACCAAAGACACAUGAGACCAGGGGCUGCUGAUGCAUUGGCAGCUUUCAACUUGCCAAUAUGCUAACCCUUUGUGGCCUAAAAGUUUGUUCUUUAACAAAACUUUUUAGUCACCUUUAUCUGUGAAAUGAGUGACUUGUUUUAAUAAAAACAACUUUUACACUGUUUAUUAAGGAUAUUUAUCAUCAGUGGGAUGUGAGUCCCACCAGGUCAUUCUGCACUGACGUGGAAGCAAGAUGAUGGAAGGGCCUACCAGCUGGGCUGGGAAGCCUCAACAGGCCACAAAGGGUUAAAAGAAGCCUAAAGCCACACAUGUGCAGAUACUGUGAAGUUAUUCAAAAGCUGGCAAGGGAAGGAAUCUGAUGUUUUGAACUCUCUAUUUUUUUAAUCCAUAGGAAAGUGAGAAAUCUAUGUUAAUGCCCCUUCUUUAAAACCAAAGUUUGAUAGCUGUCAUAAUGAAGCUCUGUCAUUCUGAAAGAAAGCUUCCCUAAGGAGGCUACCCUAGUGAGCUCAGAAGUUGAUUGGAUCCAUCAAAUGCUUUGAUGUGAAGCGUGUUUCUGAAUUUCGUCAUCUCUUCUCCUUUUUCUUGAGAGAAAUGGAAUCUGCUGACAAAAUUUCAGAAAUAUCCCCUAAAUUUGAUCUCUCUCUGUAAUGUCCAUGUACAAAUCCAUUCAUCUCCACGUGUAAUCACCUUGGAUGCCCCAACUGAAGGGCUGAGGUAGAAGGCAGUGUUUUAUGCUCUAUGUGUUUAUGUCUUCUCUGAUGGACCUCUCUUCUGAAAGCCUUUGAAAAUGUUUGAAAAGCGUUUUAAUCAUCCAAAACAAUAAAGUGUAAACAGCAUUUUCAUGAUAGGAACGGAUGUGAUUGUCGAUACUACAAUAAAAUGAUCCAUCAGGCUGAGAUUCGGACGAGUGUUGGGUGAUGUUGCCACAUAGCUCAAGACGAGGACAGGAGAGCAGACAGAUUUAAAGAUGUAGCAAAUAAAGUGGCUUUUGACCAAGAUCGCUUUAAUGUGCACUGAACGUUUUCUAGUGUUGAAUGUGUAAAAUACUAAUGUUAUAAGGUUUAUUUUGACUAUAAAAGAGUUUAUAGAUUUGAAUGUAAGGUGCCUCGUGUAAAUAUGCUUCACAGUUACAGUUCCACAAGCCCUAGUUUGAAGGAAUCCAUUUGGUUAGCUACGUAGUCAACAGAUCUCCUCACCCCUCUCUCUGUUUCCUCACCUUCUCAAUUAUUUUUACAUGAAAAUUACUAUUUCAAGUAAAAAUCAUUAAUCUGUGCCUUUGGGAGACGUGGUUGCUCUAGAGGUAUAUAGUUUAUAGUCAUCCUCCUUAGUAAUAACCUUCACAUGGAACUGAAAAAAAAGUGUUUUAUUUGCAGAGAGACUGAUUUUAUAGUAGCUUUAAUCUUCUGUUCUGGGCAUCUGCUCUAUCAAAGAAUGUUUAAACAGUCUUACAGCCAUUUGCAAAAUUCUUUGACAAGUUUAUAAUCUCCAUGGAUAGUUUCAAGAAGUACCUAUAUGUACAUUUAUGGUUAGUGUUCUAGAUGUAUUAAAUCCAAACAUUUAUGACUGUCCAUCCACUGAAGCAGGGAGAAUGGACCCAUGGCACUAAAACAAGCACAGCAUUAUUUUUUUUUUUACUCUCUAUUUUGUAGAGGCAGUUUGAGGCCACAUAGCAGUAUGUAUCAUGCAACAAAUACUGGUAUCCCCCAGUCAACUAUAGGACUAUUCUACUAAGCAGAGAAGAGCAGUUUUUUGGCCUUUCUGUUCCAUUGUAUGCCUUUUUCCUCUCUUUCUAAAGUUUUGUGCAUAGAUACGACUUCAGAUUGACAACCUGCUGCCUGAGAUGUUCCAUUUAUCCAUAGUCAUUACAGUGUAGUGAACCCUGAUUUAAAGAAACAUUUAAAUCUCUCCACUGAGUGUCAGCAAGAAAGCUGUGGGGUAGCAGGGAGCCCUGAAGGAGCUGACUGGCACACUGACUGCUCUCUGUGUCCAGCCACGCUGUCUUCAGACAGGAAGUGGCAUCCUCCUCUGGAGUCUCCCAGCUAGAAAGUGAUCCCCAAGUCACAUGCAUCCUGUGGAAACGAACAAACUUCUCAAACAGUGGAGCAUAAUGAGGGCUUUCAAUUUGCUGGAAUUGCUGUGUUUUUUAAAGAAACCCAGUGCUGUUCCUUAAAAAGAUGUUAAUUAGUAAAGUAAACACCAGGUUAAAAUGCCAAACAUGUUUUUCCAUUUGAUUUAGGUGCUUUAUUAAGUGACACUACAUUAUUUAAGAGUCUCUCUCCCUCUCUUUUUCCUCCUUGCUAUAAAAAGGCUUUUAAAAUUGCUUUUUACAUAAGGUCAGUCGAGCAUAGAUUUCUGAACAUAAGAUUGAUAGGUUUCUAAAAGAAGUUGCUGGAAACAUAAAAUUAGAUAUUCUUUGCACUUCCAGAAAGGGAAGUCAUUUUCCGUCUCAUUUUUUUCUCUUGAUUCCCUUGCAGAUUUGCAUAAUUUAGUCUUGUCCA